AUGAUGCGCAUAAGGUCUUUUGUUCGCUCGUGGACACUACCGGAAGACGCAAAUCCUGAAGCACUGCGUACGGAAUUGAACGAUAAGGGACAACUUACUAUCGAGGCUCCAAAGACCGGCACUAGCGGAUCGAAAAAGAAUAUUCCAAUCUUUUAUCAUUACAGGUCUUUUGUUCGCUCGUGGACACUACCGGAAGACGCAAAUCCUGAAGCCUUGCGUACGGAAUUGAACGAUAAGGGACAACUUACUAUUGAGGCUCCAAAGAUCGGCACUAGCGGAUCGAAAAAGAACAUUCCAAUCUGUCCUGCACAACGCCACUAA